AUGGCUUCACGGUUCAUCAACAAAAACAGCUUCGCCCGUCAAAACGACGCGCGCAAUGCGCUCUUCUCCAACUACGAUGCCGCACCACAAUCGCGCUCGCGACCCAAUUCCGCUGCCUCUCGCACCCAUCCGGGAUCCUCGAGCAAAAAUCCUCCUCUUCCACAUGCUCCCCCUCCUUCUUCGAGUUCACCAUAUGCCGGCGUGAACGAUAAUUUCGCACCGGCGGGAGGGCCGGUGUAUGGCGCGUACAAUAACAAUAACAACAACAAUCUUGGCAACGCGAGUUGGAAUAGUCCGUAUGGGGGUACGCUGGGCGAUAAGAAGAAGAAUGAUGAUGCGGGAUUUCGAUCUGCGACGCCGGAUAAGAAGGGGAGGUAUAGUGAUAGUGUGUUGGAGAGUUUGGAGAGUCAGAAUGAUGAUCAGGCGGGGGAGAUGAGUAAGAAGGUGAAGAUGUUGAAAGAGCUCACGAUGGCGAUUGGAGAUGAAAUCCGAGAUAGUACGAAACUUGCAGACUCGAUGAAUGAUUCUUUCGAAGGGGCGAGAAAUCGCUUACGAGGGACGAUGAAUCGGAUGUUGAGGAUGGCGGAACGAACGGGAGUGGGUUGGAAGGUGUGGGUGUUGUUCUUCAUCUUCAUUUGGUGUUUGUUUGCGUACGUCUGGCUCUUCUAAGCGCCGAGGGGGGAAGGGGGGACGGCAUUGGAAGUGUGGGUAGAUACCUGGGCGAGGAGUUCAAGGCGUGCGAAAAAUGGUUGCGCCGCAACAUGAGUAGGAGCAUUGAGUGCAUUUCACGGGGGUGGUCUACCUGAUAAAAUUAGAUGUAUACGGUAGUCAUCGAUGCUACAAGUUCAGUCCAGCCACACGCACUAUUGAGACAAGAGCAGC